AGACUGUGGUGCUUCCCCUGCUUCUCCCCACUUCCAGAUCAGUUUUCAACAAAAGCUUCUGAGAAGCUGACCAACCUAGUCACUGUGUUUUGAAAUACUUCUGAAUGGGAAACUAAAGCAGACCAAUGUUGUAGUUUAGUGUUGUCAGGGCAGGUGCCUCUUCAGUCCCUUGUUGUUCCUGUUCAUUUUCCUGAUGUGACUUUGUCCUUUGUUGAUAAAUUUGCAGUUUAGGUUUUAAAGUAGGCUUUCUAAAUGCUUGUUCUUCUCUUGACUUUUCGUGAGGAUGGACUAAGUAGGGCCCUGGAAAACCCUGAGACUUCUUCCUGAGUAGUCAUCUAACCUACAGGUCCUGAAGAUAAGCUCAUUUGAGAUAAUUCCAUGCUGGCUGCAGUAGUGCUUGGUGGUCUUGGAGUUGCUAAGCUCCUUGUACAGAUAAAAUGACAGCCCCAUUCUCUGAAAGAGUUUUUAUCUAAGGGCAAUACUAUAUGUUAUCUUAACAGAAGCCUCAGUAUAAUCCUUGAUUAUAGAAGAAUUUUUAAAAACUGGGCUCUUUGUUAAUUUUAAGAGUGUGAGGCAGUAGAAAAGCAGCAUGGAGUUGGCCGCUGAAGGAUAGGGAAGUUGUAAGACAAGUACUGUUAGACAGUGUACUUGGUAGUUCAGUCCUGCAAGCUAGUCUUUCAAGUGCAGCUUGUUCAUAAAACUGCUUUUUGUGUUUGCGAUGUGCCAAGCAUAGAUUUUAACCUUACAGGGAUGUGAGGCUUCUUCUGGAAGCAAUGCUUGUUUACAUGCUAAGUCUCAAUAACAUAAGGAAAAAAUCAAUUAAAGGUGGUUGGACAGGUACAAAGAUGUAAGAAAGGUGAAUGUCUGGAUAAGGGUGAAAAAAGGUUGCAUGUGACCUUCCUUCCUGCUACUGAUGUAACUUAUUUCCCAUAGUACUUAAUCUGCAAGCAGAUCAUAGAGCCAUCUCUUGAGUGCAUGUAAAGAAAUCAGAAGCGUGAAAAGACUGUGCCUUUUGCAGGUGACUUCUGCAGUUGGUGUAUCUAUGCUAGCCUAGCUUUUUUUUUCUCCUUGGAAUAAGCUCUCCUGAGACACUAGUGCCUUUUUCUUAAGGCAAAGACUGCACUGAAGCGACCUGGAAGCAGCCUUCCACAGUUGUAUCAAACAGGCUUAAUUUCAAUACAAGCAAACUCCAUCCCCAGAAAAUGGAUCCUUGACACAAGCAAUGAGGAAAAGCAUCACUUGUCUGAUGGGUCUAGCCUGGAAAUGGUACCAGGAGCUAAAAAAAUAGGACUUUGCCAAAUGUUACCAGUGAGAUGAGAACCUGGUGUGUGGGAAGUAUGUCUUGCCUGGUCUGGAAGACAUUUGAUUUGGUACUGCUGUGUUCUCUAAAUGGGUAUCUGCAUGCUGAAGCAUGCAGAGAACUUGCUGUGCUGGUGGAACAUGUUGUAGCUGGAGUGCUAUAGCCUCCCAUAAGCUGCUCAAACCAGUGCAUCAGCUGUAAACAGCUUGCACUCCAGAAUGGCUGUGCUGAUGACAGUGUGCAAAGCACUUUGAGUGGGAAUAGGGCUGUACGUAAGGGCACAGUAAUUGCAACAAUUUACUAGUUUUUCUCCAGGCUUUCGGUCUGCAGUGGCUGCAUUGCGUUGUGCCCCUGCUGUCACAUCUCGCUAUACUUUCUUUCAGGAAGAAGGGAACUGUGUGGAUCUUCCUGCUUCUAUAACACCAUGUACAGGUGCUGUCUCAGCUCAGACCUAACUGCCAAACCACAGCUGUUCUGCUAUCUCCUCCAAAAGAAUCUCUCUGGAGUGCAGAUCUGUGGUGCAAAGCUGAACUUGACACAUCUGAUCUUCAUCAGCAGUAUGUCCCCACUAUAGCUUGUCCACAACUUCUGCAUUAAAAACAAGUGAUGUCUGCAAUUCAUUUGUACAUAUUGCUAACUUGAGAGCCACAGGCAGACGGUUAGGCUGCAAGCUGAGCUGUCAUCUGAGCAUGUGACAAUCUGUUUUGUGUCAGCAAGCAUGAUUCAGAUGCUGAAUUCUACCUGGAACCCAAGUUCAUCAAGUCAGUCUUCUCGGUUUGUAACAGCUGCCUGUAAAUACUUGCUGCAAUACAGAGUUUAAAGUUGCUUCUGGAAAAUAGCAUUUCACCAGUUGGCUACAAAUUAAUGUUCUAGACUAGAAGGAGGUUAGAGAGGAGCAAAGGGGAGAGGUGUAAGGAAGGACAGUGCUGCAGCUGCAGAUGUGGGACAUGGGAAGGGACUUUGGCUAAAUUUCUUGGUGCUUAGCUAAGAUGCAGAGCUGUCAGUUCAAUGUGGGAUGGUAAACUCAGGGCUCCAUCCUGCCUUAUGGGGAAGGGCUUUAGUUGCUGGCUUUCUGGGCUGUUCGGUCAGCUCCUACUCACUGUGCAUACUUCACCAUUGCUUCUCUCAGGCCUCAUGGUCAACUUAGCAACCCUUCUUAUGCCAUAUAGUGCUGCUUACUCUGCAGUACAGGCACUUGUAUGCCUGUGUGGUGGUGUUCUGCAAUGUUAGGGAUAUAUGUUAGGAGUAAACUUCUGUUGUAAAACUAACAUGCUGGGAAAUGAGAGCAAAUUGCCUAACUCCUUUUAACAUCUGUAUGUUACACUACCAAUAAAUGAACUGUUUUGAGCCAGAGUUUCAUUGUCCUGACUUGAACACAGUUUUUGCUCUGUAAAGGCCACAGACCAUGAGUAAGGGUGGAAAGGAAAUGGACACAUCAGACAAGACGGUAAGGAGAGACUGUGCUGUUGGUAAUGCACAGGUCUGAAGCCAGCAGUAGUAAUUGUUUAACCUCCGAACCCAGGACACCUACAUAGCUUUUUAAUGCUGCUGUCCUUAGAAUACUGAGGACAAAGGAUCCUCAAGGUAGUUUUGGAAAAUAUACAAAAGGAUUGCUUUAGAGCACUGGUCUAAGUAGACUGACCAUAGGAGGAUGGACUAACAGUGCCUCAUGCCAAGAACAUAAUGGCAUGCAGUGACCGAGUCUUCUAAAAAGCUGAUCCCAGCUUUUUUAUGGAUGCAGAUUACUAGCACUCAGGCUGGCUUCCUCUGCUGCUUGAGGGAGGCAAGGAAGCAGAGGUCUUGAUGAGAUACUUUACUACCAUUUGUCCUUUAAUGAAAGUCUCCAGCCCGACAUAACUGUUACGAAACAAUCCUUUCUGCAAUACACUACGAAGUAUGCUCAGGCAUGUGGGAUGGAUGAGAGGUCAUGGAUUGUGCUGGUGGACAGAGCCAUUAUGUCAGUAUGGUAUGCUGCUUUUAGUGCUGUGCCUGUGAGUACGUGUUAGUCAUAAGUGGGAGAGGCUGUGGAAGAACACACGUUACGGUGUGGUUCUGAAGGCUUAUUAGGGAAAAGAGUCUGUCACUUUAAGUACAGGGUUUGAGUGAAAAGGAAAACUUAACUCCAAAUAUUUGACCAUUUUAAGACUUGAUGCCCACCAAAGAUGGUAUUGCCAGAGCAGGCAAAUGGUUGGAAUCUGCUUCUGAGAAGCUAUUUUAAAGAGCCUUGCAGAAACAUUGUGCCUUGUCUUUAAUAUGCAGUUUGCAUUCAUAAGGUACCUGGGAGCUACCUUAUGUAGAGCUGUAAAGAGUCUAAUGACCUUUUUGAAACAUCACUAAACUUCCUCUGUAAGGAAAACCAGCUUGAAUUUACUUCAAAUGAAAAAGAAAUAUCUUAGUUUCUCUGCAACCAAAAUUGCCACUUAUAACUAGCCUGUAAUAGGAGAGAAGAUCUCUGGCAGGAACUUGGGGAACUCCUUUUGUCUGACUUGCUUCCAUCAUUAUGAAUACUUUGCAAAGUAACCUCUCUUCUGUUGCUUAGUUGUAUUAUCUGCUAGAUUAUGCAGCACUGCAGUUAACAGGAACUGUCUGGGUGCGUGGACAGUGGAAACUUGCUAAGUUGGUUUCUAGUAAGUAGCUUAGUUGAGGAUGGGUGGUUGUUGUUGUUACUUCAGGUUUUAGUUUACUCAGAUGUGCUGCUCUGAGUAACUUCAGUGCUUUGCUUUGGAGAACCAGACACUCCAUACCUGGUGUAAGAGGGCGUGCUGCCUUCAUCACACUGCCUUUCAACAUUGCGAAAAUAGCUAGAAAACUUCUUCAGAAACUGUCUGAAUCAUCCCAAGGAGAGGAAUGUUGGAGUGCUGUGUUCAUAUAGACAAGCUGUUUCUUAGUGGUUACAAGUCCUAGCAGUAUUGUACAAUGAUAUGCUCUUGGCUUCCUUGGACAGAAACCUUUUCUGGUAUGUCUCAGGGUGGGCAUGCUUAUGCUAGCUGCCUCGUGUACAGAAGAGCAGAGCUCGUGGUGUCUGCUUAGUAGAUGAAUGAGGCUGUUUCCUUUGCAAGGCAGCUUGUUAACUUUGUAGUCUAGGUAAAUCAGGGACUGCCAAAUACUAAGUGCGGUGUUCUCCCUAUCCCAGGCAAAUCUUGAGCACAGUUACUUGUCAGGGGCCUGUUACUCCGCUGGAGGGUUUUCCUUUUUGCUGUUUGCUGGGACACGUGCCAUCUUUCUUAAUUCUUUCUUGCCCAACCUCUUCUGACUGCAGUUUCACUUUCUGUGGAGGCCACUCAGCGCUGCCAACAGCGAAACCUGCUGAGCCAAGCUACUUCUGCUCUUCGGUAGGUGGGGCUGAGGAAGUUGCCCCUGUGGCAACUCUCUGUAGCGCAAGAUAGCAGUGAGGCUGACGGUGCUGCCAAAACCAACGCUAUGCAACGAGGGUUGCUUGCCCAGCUCUGAUCUAAGCAAAAUUGCAACACUCCAAAACUAGCUCUAACCACGUUGUUGGUGCAGUUGUUCCUGUCAUCUGUUCUGUAGCUGCUUGGUCUCCUGCUAACACAGCACUGGGAAACUUCAACAGCGUAGGCAAUACUGACUGGUGCACAUCUUGACAAGGUCUCCUAGCAACCUUUUCUGUAGGGCUGAAUGACAGCAGGAGUGGCCGGGUAAAUCGAUGAGCUUGCCUUGGGAGCCUAUAAAUAGGCAAAAUCAGAACACACAAUGGGUCAGAAGGUCACAGGUGGGAUAAAGACUGUGGAUAUGAGGGACCCUGUAUACAGGCCAUUGAAACAGGAACUCCAAGGACUCGACUACAGCAAACCCACACGUCUGGACCUGCUACUGGACAUGCCUCCGGUAUCAUACGAAGUCCAGUUAUUGCAUUCAUGGAACAACGAUGAUCGCUCGCUGAAUGUAUUUGUGAAAGAGGAUGACAAACUCAUAUUUCACCGGCAUCCGGUGGCUCAGAGUACAGAUGCCAUCAGAGGCAAAGUGGGAUAUACACGAGGACUGCACGUGUGGCAGAUCACGUGGGCAAUGAGGCAGCGAGGCACGCAUGCUGUGGUUGGGGUGGCAACAGCAGAUGCACCUUUGCAUUCAGUAGGGUACACGACACUUGUAGGAAAUAACCAUGAAUCUUGGGGGUGGGACCUUGGGCGCAACAGACUGUACCAUGAUGGCAAGAACCAGCCAAGUAAAACAUAUCCUGCCUUCUUAGAACCAGAUGAAACUUUCAUUGUGCCGGACUCCUUCCUGGUGGUUCUGGACAUGGAUGAUGGGACACUGAGCUUCAUUGUAGAUGGGCAAUACAUGGGUGUUGCGUUUCGGGGACUCAAAGGGAAAAAGCUAUAUCCAGUGGUAAGCGCAGUGUGGGGACACUGUGAAAUACGGAUGCGCUACUUGAAUGGACUUGACCCUGAACCACUGCCUUUGAUGGACUUGUGUCGGCGAGCUGUGAGGCUUGCUCUGGGCAAGGAAAGACUGAAUGAGAUUCCUACACUGCCACUGCCAGCCUCCCUCAAGAGUUACCUGCUCUACCAAUGACCUUCAUGUUCAAGGAUGGAGAGUUGGAACCAAGGCAAAAUACCAGAGCUGACCCACUGAGCAAUGGGUUCUCCACCCUUGUGUCAUCGCUACUGUUGGAACUCCUUGGCGAAAGUAUUCCUGCCACUGCUUAAGUCUCCAUGUGCCCUUAUUGGCAAGCUCUCAAGUAAUCCUUGUUCCACAACUGAGUGUUUUGUUCUUUGGAGGUCACUUCCCCAACACGCUUACAAAAAGAACGUUUACAGAAGCUCUGGGUUUCCCUGCUUCUCCUGAGAAAAGGCUGUACUGCAUCCUUUGGGUUGUAGAGCUUAAGAGUGGAUGAUUUUUUCUGUACCAGCUAAAGAGAAGAACACAAUUUGGGGGGAGGGAAGGCAUUAGGAGUGGGAAUCUUAAGACCAGGUCCUAAGAAUGGAAAGGCACAGGGUAGCCAGCAGAGUUGGGAAGAGUCUGGAAUACCAAGAAUUAAUUGCUGAGCUUUUAAAAACCAAAAAAAAAAAAAAAAAAAAAAAGAACCCCCAAGCCCUGAAACACCAAAACCAAGAACCCUUCUACCAGGACACUUAUUAAUUUGGAGAAGGUGGUUAUGUCGCUGAUGUCUGUAUCUCUGCCAGGGCUUCUUACCACGUUCUAAUGUUAUUUCAUAGAGUGAAUCCUGCGUUCUUGUUUAUCACCAUUGCUGUCUCAGUUCUCCUGCUCCAUUCUCUGUUCUGCCUCUUCUUAGUGGGUUUGACUCAGUUGAUUGAGCAGUUAUACUGUAUCUUCCCCUGCCCUCUUCUUCCUGACUUAAAACCGCAGGUUUUAGUCUGGGAUCAGGGGUUCCUUCCUGAUGUGGGAACAGGGAAGGGACGAACUUCUCCUGCAAUAGGGUGAGACGGGCUGUAUGAGCUGAGAUUUGUUACACAGCUAUAGGUCCUGCUGUCUUAGAUCUGCUUUCUGUGUAGCCUGUUCCAUAUUAAGGCUUUAGAGAAACAUACUAAUGUGUUUCUGUAAUAGCUCUGCCAGGGAAUUAUCUUCUUAGAUAAGCUGCUUAAAGUCAUCCAAACCAGGCUUUGUUCUGUCAUAGACCAUCAACAUAAUCUCCACUUAACUAUGCAGCAGGAAUAGUUCUCUGUUUCUUGCUUGGGGGUGGGAAGUUGUCCCAGAGAAGAUGGGUUCCAGUGUGUCACAGUGUGGCUGCAGAAGUACCAUCAGCUGAUGAGAAAUCCAGGAGGUGAUUGCUGCAGAAUGUAAUUUGUGAGACUUUAACAGAGGCCAGUGGGGUGAUCUUAAGGCACAGCAAGAAGAAACUGAACCUCUCCAGAGCUGGGGGUGGGGACAGGAGAGAACUGCAAUAAACAGGACAAGUGAUUCAGGCAAAAUCAGCACAACCCAAAUAGAUUCUCGCCUCAGUAGCCAAGUAAAGAGGAUGACACUCCUUUACUAGCAGGGGCUGCUCUCUUGACCUCUCCACAGGUUACUAUGCUGCCUUUCUGGGGUUAUUUUGCACAUUUCUUUGUCUUGAAAAAUGUUUGUGUGGUUGGUUUUUGCUCUUGAGUUAUCCCUUCAGUUCUGUGUAGGUACAAAUGAGUUUAGUUGUUGAAAAUGUUAAUAUAUAUAUUUGUGGUGUAUGUAUAAGAACAUGUUUUAAACAGCUGCUGUAGGGUACCUUUUUUAAAAUAAACUACUUGCAUAGUAUAUUUUUUAAAGCACAGAAUUGGUGCCAAGACUGGGUGGGGUGUGAUGUGCCCCUUUUUUAAUCUAAUAUUAUAUGGUGUUUUUUUUUUAAUGUAGGGAUUUGUACUAGUUUCUGUUACAGGGUGGGACGCAAGAAAAUUGAGUGUGUAUGGAGCCCUACUUGGUUGCCUUCAACUUGAACCAGUGUCUUCCAGAAGUCUGGGGAAGCAGCUGUGUUCUCCCUACUUCUAAUGCUCUUUGUGCUCCCUUGUUUCCAUCUCUUCUCACUUCACCAGUACGUUGCUUUGUACAGUUCUAAAUUCUGACUUUCUAUUUUAUGACUGUAGAUAAUACUCAGUAACCUAAUAAACUUUAUGAAGUAUUA